AGUUGGGUACCUAAUCGGAAAUGCAAUACCACCAACAUCCACCGGGCCUUUACCUCAAGCCAAGAGCUCGCGGCAACCUGUACAACUCUCGGUUGUUGAAUUUGUGCAAUGUAGGCCUAGACCAUGUCCAAAAGUGGAACACCUGAGGAUAAACCAGCCAAAGUACCAGCGCCGGAUAGGCACCAUGGAGAUGGCCAAUGACGCCCCACCCCCCUUUGAAGAUGACCGGACUGUGUGCAUGGUGUCUGUGAAAGGUCUGAAGGAGAACUGGCAGAGGUGGUCCAACGAACACCAGGAGCACCAAAAACACAACCCCUUCAGCAGCAAUGGCCUGCCAGUCUGCAUGCAGCCCCUGCUGGGUCAGAAUGGCUAUGGCCGCCCCCAGGAGGGCUCCCUCACUCAGCGGCGGGGCCAAGACGCCCAGUCCCACAUUGGCCGCGAGGUCCAGGAGCUCUGCCUGGUCAUCAAGGAGAUGGGAGGAGGGCAUGGGGAGGAGGGGCAGCCAGUGGUAGAGUUUGGCCAGCUGUUUGAACGCUAUGUGACCAUCUCCAAUAAGUUGGUGGGGAUACUGCUGCGAGCCAGGAAGCAGGGCUUGGUCCAAUUUGAGGGGGAGAUGCUUUGGCAGGGUCAGGAUGACCAUGUGCUCAUCACACUGCUGCAGUGACUUUCACAGAUGGCACCAUAGAAAAGUCAGAUACUGUAUAGGCAAGAGAGGUCCCUUCUUUUUGAGGGUCAUUGAGUAUCAGCAGAUCACUACUCUACUCUAAAAUGUCACCAUUGAUUGUAUAUUUUGCUGGACAUCUUAUCCUAAGUGUACACUUCACAUGACCACGGUUCUAUGGAUUAGAAAGACUGGGAGGCGAUGUAGAAGAGAAAGGGGGAACAGACAGAUAAAUAGUCACACACUUCAAAUAGACAAACCAGGCUUUUGUCAGAGAACGUUGCAAAAUAAGAUGCAGAUAGUAGAUUAGUACUGUAUUGAUCCUCAGGGGCAAAGUGCACUGUACAGCCACAUUGACAGGCACAGUAAAAAUAUACCUAAAAAGUAAUAUAUAUUAGCAUAAAAACACUGGUUGUCUGUAAAUCCACUGUAUGAGUCCUAGCACUCUUUGUGCAGAUUUCUCUUUUCAGGUAUUUUACACCUCAACCUCUUACAUGGAGAAGUGAAAAGGUCCACACUGAAUUAGAAAAAUUGUAGGGAAUCGAGACAGAGCCCUAGAGAACCUGAGGAGGCAACAGUGACAUGUAAUAUAGGGCUUAAGAACAAACCCGAUCCCGCUGGCCUAAAUGGACACUGUUUCC